GGAUAUUUCCGUCGCCAGCGCUCCGUUCCUGCUCCCGUGCUGCCGCUCCUGCCCUCUUCCAUGGCGCGUGCCCCAUCUCCCUCCUCGCCCCUGGCCCCUCUGCUCGGAGCUCCCUCGCCAUGGCCCUGGUCGACGCUCUGCCGGGCCGUGUCUGCCUUGGCUACCGCGCCCAUGCCGAACUCUCUCUCCCUCGCGUCUUCCUUCCCCGCGCGCAGCUCGCCUUAGCUCCUGCUCCUUCAGGCUGGCUGCGCGCCCAUCCCUCUGCUCGUUCUUCAGGCCGCCGCCCAGCCGAGAUUCUCCCUCAUCCCCAUGGCGCGCUCCUCCUGGUACCGAGCUCGCCCAUGGCCACGGGCUGCAGCUCGCCCCAUCUCCCUAGCCCCCACGCGCGCGCAGGCUUCCUGCUCGCUCGGCUUCCCUCCUCUCCCUUCCCAUGGCCGAGCUCUUCGCUGUUGUCCGUGCGCGCACGCCUGCUCCUCUGUCCGCCCAUGGCCGCUGUUCCUUCCCUGGUUGCGGGCGUGCGGCCGGCGUCGAGUCGUCGGACUCAUCCUUCCCUUGCUAGCCCAUGGAAGCGUGCCCUGCUCCAACUAGGUCCGACCGUGGAGCUCUUCUCUGGUGCCAAGAUGCAGUCUGUCUUUCUCAACUUCGCUCUAGCCGUCGGAGCAGUAGCCAUGGCUUUCUGUCCUCGGUUUUGGCCGUCUCCUCUGCCUCCAAUCUAUGGCGCCAUCGCGAGCUCGCCAGCCGCCGUUCUCCUUGCCUCCUCACCGGUCGUUGACCUUGCCUAGGCUAUCACAUCUUCUCGUGCUGUUGUGCGUUUGCUGAUGUUUUAGUCAUCGCCCAGCUCGCUGAUGGCCAGUUCGUUCGCCUUCGAUUAGCCCGCCAUGACGCCGACGUCUAGCCCUGGCUCCAGUCUCCUCACCACGGAAGCACAACCGCUGCUCAGUGUGUUGAUGCCGUAUGUGUGGUGCUGUUGUGGGUUGUCGUCGUUCGUCUCCGCGUCGUGUGUAGCAACGUCGCCGAUUCCUCCAUGGUGCUUAUCGUCGAACUUCGCUUCAUCGGUCCAAAGUGCUCGACCACGCCUUGACCAUGGACAUCGUGCGUCCUCGUCACCACCAUGGACACAACUUCUCUUCUGUCAUUGUGGACACCCCGCUAUCCUCGUGUGCCGGUCACCGUCUCUGAGCCUGAUUCCGAGAUAUCGUGUGCCCUACUCCAUCUCCCAGCCGUUCCCCGUGCCGUCGAUCUGUGCAGCCUUGACGCGCCAUCGUCGCUGAUAGUUUGCAUCUCCUACGUUGUGCCAUCCUUGUUCCCUCUGGUCGCGACAACAUCCUAUUCCACCAGGUCGUCGGGCGCUACUCUCAACUCGCUAUGAGGCUUGCUGGGCUUGCCAUGUUUUAAAAUGUAGUCAAAAAUUUGCUUGCAACUGCGGUCUCGUCGUGUCCGUCGGUCUUCAACUUCAGUGAUCACUAUCAUCUUCAACAACAACGUCGUCGUUGUCUCCUUGGUGCUCGUUGCCAACUCUGCUACCCUGUUCUUAUCCGCUACCCGCUGAGUGCGUGAUGAAUAGUUUGAACUGGAGUUUGUCGUCAUUCCUCGUCCUCGCCAUGGACGAGUCUGCAUCUCCGCAUGCCGAUGUGCCUAGACCGUCAGUCUCGCCCUUGCUGUUGAAAGCAUCACCGACGUCCGCGGAUAGGUGUGUAGGUGAGUGUUUGAAAUAUAUGUUGUGAUCAACGCCAUUUUAGUAUUCGUGUGGUGAUUUACGUCUUUCCUGUGUUCAUGUGUUAUUCGUGAUAAUAAGAUCAUUGAAUAAAUUAAUGGGUUGGUGUGAU